AUGACACCAAUCAAAGAGCUGCUCUCGCCGUUGUCAUCUUUGCCAGUAGAGGCUUCAAUUCAUCGACCAAUAUCAAACUCAAUAUCACCAUCAUCACCACCAUCACCAUCACCACCAUCACCAAGAUCCGAUACUACCACAACGAGGACGAAUAUAAUAUUAAUUUUAUUUAUUUUGUAUUUAUUCGGAGUUGUGUUUGCAUUCAUGGGAUUCUUUCCGAUGGGUGGCAAUUCUCGAACGUCUUAUCAUCAAAAUGGAUCAAAGGAACUCAUUUCGAAACGACUAACAAAUUCCAUUCUUAACAAUGUGGAUGGGCAUUUGUUCAAAGAAAUUACGAGCCACAAACCACAAAAUGAAACACUCACUCAUGGAAAUGUCCAUAAAAUUGUAUUUAUUGUGAUCGACGCUUUGGGAGCGAGCAGAUUUGAGAAUAUUUUGAAAAUGGACCACAUCUUGGAUUCAUUGAAGGAUCGACGAGAAAACUUUUUGUGGUUCACAAGUUAUGCUCAUGCACCAACUGUGACACUGCCUAAAUUGAGAGCUCUCGUGAAUGGACAAAUGUCAAAUUUUGUGGAUGUAGUAAUGAAUGUAGUCACUGAGGAUCAUCAUGAAGUUGAACAUUCUCCCUCGGCUGUAGAGAUAAAUAAGGCCCACCUUUCAGCGCCUCUCUCAACAUCGGAAAAUUAUAAAAAAGAAAUUAAGAAACAACUCAUCAAUAGCAGUGGAAUGUUAUACCAUUUGAAAAAGUUGAAGAAUUGGAGAAUGGUUCUGCAUGGAGAUGAAACAUGGUUUCGACUUGUCGGGCAAUCUGAAAGUCAAAUAUUUGAAAGUAGAAGUGACCCAACUCAUUCACUCUAUGUCACUGAUACUGUCAUUGUUGACGAGAAUGUGACUCGUCACAUUGAAGAGGAGAUUCAACAUUUACAGAAUUGGGAUUUACUCAUUCUUCACUUUUUGGGACUUGAUCAUUUGGGUCAUAUUCAUGCAAAAGAGGAAGAAUUUCAUGAAAAGAUGAAAUACUACAAUGAUAAGGUAUUUGAACCAAUUUUAUCUAAGGUAAAUUUGAGUGAAACACUAUUCGUAAUUGCUAGCGAUCAUGGAAUGACCAAUGAUGGAGGUCAUGGAGGUAGCACUCCACUUGAAACAAAUGCAAUACUUGGAUUUGUUCAUUCAGCUUUAUCAAAGAAGUGGCAACAAGAUACACAAAAUUCAAAUUCCGAAAAGUAUGGGGGAGUUGUAAAUCAAAUUGAUUUUUCACCAACAAUUUCUGUUUUAACAAAUGUUCCAAUACCUGAUUUGAGUGUUGGAAAGUUAAUUCUAGAUGUUGUACGACCUUUUGGAGAUAUAUUCACACUGAAAUCAAUCAUUGCAAAUGCGGCACAGCUCAUGUCUCUCAUGUCCGAGAAAGAUUACCACAAAUUUUUGGUCAUAUGGGAUUCUCUUUUCACUAAAUACUCAGAUGUUCAAACACUGAUUGAGAAAAGUCAUGAAUUACUCACAGAUAUGAGCCAACACCUCAUUCAACAAAGUGGAAACGUACAUUAUUCCAUUGCAUAUGCAAGUCUAUUUUUUUUAUUAAUUCUUAUUGUAGUGAUUGGAUACAUCGUGUUGUCACACUAUUCAAACCAAAUGCCAUUCAAAAAAUUAACAUCAAAAUUGGAUUAUAUUUUAAUUGCUUUUUUCGCACUUCAUUUACUGAGCUACACCUCGAGUAGCUUAAUUGAGGAAGAACAUCAAAUAUGGUACUAUUUUUCAGUAAUGAUACUAUUUUUAUUGUUUUUUUCUGUAGAUAACAACUGGAUACUCGUUAUCAUGCUUGGAUUGGAUCGUGUGACGUAUGACUAUUAUAUUAGUGGCAUCAAGAAUAGUGAAUUUUUACAAGCUCCAGUGUCCCAUAGAAAUUUUGUUGAGCUGCUCUCCAUCGUUUUUACCAUUGUACUGCUGACUAGAUAUUCAUGGCAACGAAUAGUUAAAUGGAACAUGUUCACAAAGAGCACACUCUUUGGAAUCAAUCUCUUACUAUGGCUCUACACUUUGGAUUUCAAAUUAUUGGGAUUAUUCAACAUAUCCGACAAGGUGAAUAUUGUGGUGAUUUAUGUGGUAUCCACUCUCUAUGCAUUUGACCUUCUGCUUUCCAAAGAGGCAAGAACAACACUCGCCAUGUCCACAUUUGUUCACUUGUGGUUUUUAAAUGAGCAUUCUUGUACCUAUCCUCUCAUGGCCAUCUCGGUCGUUCAAGCCAUCUUAUUGCCAUCUGUUUUAGUGCCCUCUCCUCAACCACUAAAUUCACGAACAGUGUCCUCAACAGCGAGAUUCAAAACGAAGAAGGAGACAUCAUCGUUUCACUCCUCUCGUCGUCAUGAAUUAAGUAUUCUCACGAAGCAACUGAUUUGUCAAGUACUUUCACACUCCUACUAUUUCAAAUUUGGAAGAAGUAUUUCGGUUUCAAACAUUGAUUUUUCCGUAGCUUAUCAAGGAUUAACAUUCUAUCAUCCGCUCAUCACUGGUUUUUCACUUUUUAUCAAGAUCUUUGGGGCACGUAUACUUUUUGAAAUAUUUCCAUUAUUAUUGGCAACAACAAGUUGUGACCACCAUCUCCCCAACGACAACAACAAUCUUACACUCCCACCAAACUCUUUCAAUAACCGAACGUUCAUUCUCUCUCUUAAUUUAUUCGUUCGAGUGUCACGUUUAUUCAUGAGUGCACUCAUCCUCCUUCUCAUGCAAAACCAUUUAUUUAUUUGGAGUGUUUUUUCACCAAAGUUCCUUCUUGAUACAACUCUAGAAACCUUGUAUCAUUUCAUCAUCUUUAUUACUCUCUUCAUUGCUUUGAAAGAUUAG